AUGUAAUAAAAAAAUUAUACCCCAUAUGAAUUCACACACUAAGAAUAAUCUACUCAAGAAUAAUAAUAAUCAAAAAAGUAUAGUAUUAAAGAAUCCAUUGAGUUUUAACAAUUCAAUCCUUUAGGACUGUCAUUAUUUUUAGAGGCUAAUUGUUAACAAGAAUUAAUAGCCAAAUAAAUAUUUGCACCAAUUUUAAAAAUGAUAGAAGAUAAAUUGUUAGAGAUAGAUUAAAGAUUAGAUAAUAGAGAUGAAAUUAAAUUUUUAAAUGCUUAAAUUAAUUUAUUGAAGCCAUCUGAAUAAUAUUUUGCUUAAAAAUAACAUGAUGAUACAUAAUCAGAAUAAAUUUAAUAAAGUAAUGAAAAUUUUAAUUUAGGGAAAUUUAGUGAUUUAUCUAAUAUUGACAUAAUAUCUGCUUAAAUAAUUCAAACAUUAGAUACACAAUAAAUAUAAUAAAAACCUUUAAGAUCUCGUUCAUAAAUUGCUAAUUCUAAUACUGUAAUAAAUAGAAAUGAUAUCAAAAAUACAUCUAAUACAGAUGGUUUAUGUUAAAAAAUUGAAUAAUUUGAGAAUAAAUUAAACUUAUUAAUAGAAUAAAUGAACAAAAUUUCAUAAAAGGAAUGUUAAUUUUCAGAAGAAGUUGAAUAGUAAAUAAAUGAUUAAUUAAAAGAUAGUUUAGAUAGGCUUAUUUAAAAUGAAUAAUAUAUUAAGUAAGUAUAUUCAACAAAUUAAGAAACAAGUGAAAAUUAAAGAGAAUUUUUAACACACUUAUAAUAAAUGAGAUAGGAGAUUAAGUAAUAAAACAAUCACAUAUACUAGUUAUUUAUCUUAAGAAUAAACUCGAAUCUAAGAUGAAAAUAAAAUAAUUAUUUAAUAAUUUGAGUAAAAUUAUUUGGAAAUAUAAAAAUAAAUUAGGGAGAAUAAGAAUGAAUUAAUUUUACAAAAAUCAUGUAUAGAAUGUAUUGAUAAUGAUUUUUUGAUUAUUUUAAAGAAAUUCAAAGAUUUGUAUCAUGAACUUGCCAAAAAAAAAUUUAAUUCUAGCUAAUUAUAGAAGCCUCUUUAAUGA